GUAGAUAACAGAAGCAGAGAGGAGGCCAGAGCAGCUGAAGCUUCAUGUUUCUGUGAGCUCCACAAACGUUAACAGCUGACACAGACCAUCAGCAUCACUGAGCGUCUGACUCACACGGACACUAACCUGCUGUCAGAGUCACAGCUGGAGGAGGAGCAGGAGUUUCACGGGACUUUAAAGGAGAGUGAAGAUGCUGCUGCUUCUGCUCCUAAUCAGCGUGUCACGACAAGCUCUCAUCGUGGAGGUGUACGAGGGGGCGGAGUCAGUCCUGCUGCCCUGUCCGUUUAAUGGUACAUCUGAAAACACCACCGUGGUGUGGAGCCGCUACGACCUCAAUCCUCCAACCAUCCACCAGCGUCAGCAGAAAAAGGACAACCUGACAGGUCAAAACCAGUGUUACAGAGACCGAACAUCCAUGAAGACUCUGCAGACUGGAGACUUCAGCCUCACUCUGAGGAAACCCCACACCUUUGACAACGGCAACUACACCUGCACCAUCAGAGUGACGGGAGAAGAACCCAGACUGACAGAUGUUCAGCUGCAGGUCAAAGAGCCGUACACUUUCCCAGCUGGGGCCUGGGUGAUCCCGGCUGUCCUGGCCGUCGCUGCCAUUGUGGGUCUUGGAGUAUGUUCAUGGAAACUUCUCUACAGAGUCCCCCAGGUGGAGGUGGAUUCAGGGGUGGAGUCUGUUCAGCUGGCCUGCAAAACCACACGUCUCCUCCCUGAAGACGCUAAAGUGGAGUGGAUGGACAGUAAUUUUGAAAAGGUCCACGUGUAUAAGAAUGGCUCUUAUCGGCCUGAAGAACAGCACCAGGUUUACAAAGACCGAACAAAGAUGAAUGAAGAUCUGCUGAAAACUGGAGACCUCAGUCUGACCCUGGAGAGACCCACAGAUGGAGAAGCAGGCAAAUACACCUGCACCGUCUACAACAAGGAGAGAAAAAUCCUGCUGAAGAAACAGGUGGAGCUCCAGUUCAGAGUCCCCCAGGUGGAGGUGGAUUCAGAGGUGAAAUCUGUCCAGCUGCCCUGCAAAACUAUAAUUCACCUGCCCAGAGACACGGAGGUGGAGUGGGUCAAAAGCUCCAAGACGGUCCACGUGUAUCAGAACGGCUCAGACUGGUCUGAAGACCAGGACCAGAGUUACAGAGGCCGAACAGAGCUGAGGAGAAACCUGCUGAAAACUGGAGACCUCAGUCUGACCCUGAAAUACCCCACAGACUGGGACACAGACACCUACACCUGCACCGCCUACAACAACAGGAAGAAGAUCCUGAUCAAGAAGGAAGUGGUGCUGAAAGUCAAAGUCCCCCAGGUGGAGGUGGAUUCAGGGGUGGAGUCUGUCCAGCUGCCCUUCAACACCACACUUCACCUGCCUAAAGACGCUACAGUGGAGUGGAUGGAGAACAAAUAUGAUGAUAAGGUCCACGUGUAUGAGAACGGCUCUGACCAGCCUGAAAAACAGGACCGGCAGCUGCUGCUCCUUACUGGCCCACAGUCUCCACUGAUGGAUGUGUCAGCUCACUUGUACUGUAGCCACGGGGAGAGCGAUGGAGAGAUGAAGCUGACAACCAGAGGUGUAGUGCUAUUUGUUGAAGUAGCCCAGCGCACCGUGUGCCAUGUAAGCACAAGUUUCCAGAGAUGA